AUAAAUGAUUAAAUAAUGAUAACGGCGAAAUUCAUAAAUUGCUAUUAGAAUUAACCUAAAAGAUUAAUAUUCAUUUGGUAAUUGUGACAAAAUAAUAAGCGACAAAAAUGAGACAAUUUUUUUCAUCAAUGUUUUCGUUGAUUUUAUUACAAUUGAUUGUAAUUAAAUCAAUUGAAUCAACGAGCAGUAGUUUAAAGUGUUUAACCAAAUGCUCGAGUACCUUAAGUAAUAAUGAUUGGACUGGUGAAAGAUUACAAUUUAAUCUUGAAAAUUCAGACAAUUUAAAGGACGAAGCUCAAGAGAUUGGAAUUGAUUUAUCGGAUGAUGGUGUCGGUGUUGUAUUUACCUGUGGCAGAAGGGUAGAGGUGAAAACUGAUGGACCAGUUACGACAAAAUCUUAUCCAAAUGAUAAGGUUAAAGUGAUUGAUGGUAAAUCAAUUUACCUGAAUGAUAAUCAACUCUGGUGCCAGUGGACAAUCAACCGUGAGGAUAAUUCAACUUUUUCUCUGGAUUUUAUUGAACCUGGUCAGUUAAUUGUUACACCGACUCAAUAUCAAGUUACCUUUAAUCUUAAUGAAACUUUACCUAUUAGUCCAGUUAAUUUUACUUCAUUAUCGGAUAAUUUGGUUGAACAAUUUAAAGGUUUUCAAGCAAUUGGUAAUUCUAGAUAUUUAUUGUUCACAAAAGUUGAUGGUCAAGUUAACUUUGCUCUUGUCAUUGAUUAUGAAGAUAAAAUCAAACAAUUGUUUCCCAAAAUUGUAACAAUCAACUUAAUUAGUGGGGCUUAUGGUUUGAAAAUUGAUUGUGAUUUCAGUUCAUCAAUAGUUAAUGGUCAAUUGAUACUUGGUGGAAGGACACUUUGGAAUGAUUUAACUGGUAGUUAUGAUUACAAGGAAAUUAAAAAUAAUCAAAUAAUCAACGGAACAAUUUGCCAAUGGUCAGUUCCUGAUAAAAUCAAGUAUGGGUCAAAAAAUGGACUAUUUGAAUUUGCAUCAUCUAAAUUUGAUUUAGCAAUUGUUGCCGAUAAACGAUUCAAGUUUUACGCUAAUUCCGACUUUCAAUUAACUUCAUCAACUGAAUUAACUACAAUCAUCUCUAAACCUUUAAUUGUUAUCUUCUUAAUGAUUACUAUGAAAUUGUUUGGCUAAUUAAAUUGUCUAUGAUUGUAUUGUUAUCUAAUAGCAUUUGAUUAGAUAGUCAAACAAGUGAUUAACUAUUCAUUUAGUGAGCUGAUUGUAUUAACCACGAGAGGAAAUUAAUUGUUGUUUCCUUGGUGGUAUUUUACUUGUUUCAAUCAAUCAUUUAUAGUCAUUGUAAAUUAAUUACAUAAUAAAAAGUGAUUAAAUUUACUGAUUUAAUUGCAAUCAAAUGAUAUUUGAAACAUAAA